CUUUCCCUUUACAAAAGAUUCGAAAAAUUCCCCUUUUUUUUUAUUUUUAAUCAAAUUAAAGCAAUGUCGAUUUCACUAGAAGCCCUAGCUAUGUCCGGUGCCAAUUUCUUCGAAGAUGGAUUUGAUAUCGAAGAAUGGGAGCUAAAGGAGUUAGAGGUUCCUCACCAUUUGCUAGCCGAAGAAGAAGAAGAAGAAGAAGGUUAUCAAGAAACCCCUAUUUUCUUGGAAUUACAAGAUAGUAAUUCAAAAAAUUGCUACAAUUCAAUUCUCGAGGAAGAUUAUGAAAAUGAUCACGAGAACAAUGAUAUUGAGAAGCAAUCGAGGAAGCCCUAUUGGAGUUUCGUUAAGAAGAUGAUUUUGGAUCGAUCAUUAAGCUAUGCCAUUGUAAUUCUUUCGACUACGGUUUUCUUUCUUACACAAAAGUAUAGGAAAUCCAGAAGCUCGUGCAACAUAGAUUGCUUUCGCUUAAUCGUAUAUGUUCUUGUUAUUAGGAUGAUGUAUUAUUUCAUGUGACUAGCAAUUGUUCAUUUUGUAGGGUUUUCUUUCAUUCAUUCAUUUGUUGAGACUUGGUUGCCUCAAUCUUUGUAAUAAAAUUAA